AUCAGCAGCAGUUUUGAGCCCACUUCUCAGAUCAACGCUUCUCAUUCACUUUUCAUUUCUCAAAGUCAUACCAUUUAUUCGAACUAGGGGAUAAUGUCUUCUUAUCCUGAAUUGCUCGAUAGACUUUUCCCAGUCCCUUCUUUACCUCCCUCGGUUCUUUCUCCAAGACGACUAGCUAACGAGGGCCCGAAUGCAACUGCGGCGCUCCUCAAAACUUUGAAGGAUAACCACGAGCGAUGCCACGUAUUCUUCAACCACAAGAGCUUUCACAACCAUGCCGCACACCACCUACUUGCGAUAUGGGCUCUCGGUGCAAGUGGCCCCUUGAUCGAUGCUGCCUACUAUCAAACACAUCUCGACCACCAACGCGACGCGUUCAAGUCCCCUAUCGUCAUCACACACGACAACUUCAACGAUUUCCUUGGCGAUGAAAAUAAUUAUAACGCGUAUUUGACGUUCUUCCACGAGGUGGUCGUUGAGAAAGGUAUCGCUGGAACCAUCGAAGGGUACAUUUUCUCCGAGAAAUAUAACGUCGAUCCCGCGCGAGAAGCCAAGGGUCUGAAGCAGGCCGAAAUGUUGAAUCGUUUUUUGGAAAUUCUUGUUCACCCCAUUAUCCACACUGGCUAUGGCGCAGAAUUUGGUUUGCUAGGGAUGAUUGCAGAAGGUUUGGCGCAGACUGCGGUUCAUCCUGCAGGCGCGACCGUUUUAGUGACUCAACUUCUCUACAGAUCGAAAGAUACGCCAGCGACGCCUCGACCCAAAACUCAUGCUUUCACUAUCCUCUCUCGUAUGCUCAAGGAUCCCCGUUUCUCAAACAAGAUAUUGGACAAGGUGGAGUACGCCCAAAUGCUCGAGACGCAUGGUGACGCUAUUGUUGAAUAUGGUUCGCAAUGGGUAGUGGAUAUCAAAGGUCCCAAAGACUUGGAGUACUACCUCGAACAGCUGGCUUGGGUAUCCACAUUGGUAUAUGGUGUCGGUAGCUGGAAAGAGACAGAAGAUUACGCUGCUGACUUCUUCACUAUGCAUAUGGUGACCUCGGCUCUCUUUCUCCCCUCACUCUGCGCAUACAUCACGCCCGAACACCAAUCUCAGCUCUUGCGCGCUCAUUUCCUGGCAACGAUCACUUGGUGGCUCGUGCGAGGACGACCCGGAUUUCCGAUCACACGAUUCCUGUCAUCCCCAACCGCCCCUGCACAACCCGCUCUCGUCGGUCCGCAGCCAACGCCAGCAUCAGAGGCCAUCCCCUCGCCUAGCUCAGUCUACGCGCUCACCCCCAAUCCUUGGUUACCACUCAUCCAGACGACGAUCGUGCAUCCCAACGAGCAUCUGUGCAAGCUUCAACGUGCAUUGGCGCACUUUGCAGAGUUGUAUGGCAGUCGGACGAAGGGCUACUUUGUGGGGACGGAGUUGCCUGAGGCGGAAGAGUUGGAUGGCUCUCUCUUCAUUCGGGUCGCUCUCUUGACGGCGAAUAGACUGGGGUGGGUCAGAGAAGGCGUGGAUAACAGUGGGGUGUGGAAUUACCAGGAAUUCGAAAAGGAAAGGAAGUAGCGAGGAUUUGCACUGCGAGAAGUGCAUCCAGUCAGACUCGUGACCUGACUUUUAUUUCCUCGUAAUGUAUUUGUAGCAUUUUCUUUGACUUGUAUGAACAUAUGUGAUAGAUACAAUCCAUCCAACUGAGUAAGGCAUUUUUUGCGAAAUAAGCAUUGGCUUGUAGAUUACAUAAAUAGCAAGUGGCCUUCCGGAACUCGCGGAUCAUUGGUUCGUGGUUCAU